AUGCCACAGCAGGAGGAGCACGAUGAGGAUGAGUGUGAUGAGGCACCUGAGCGGCCUGCUGCGAUUAAUCAAGCACUAAAUGGCCUCAAGCGCCUGCUUAGCUUCAAGGAGCAUGAGCCAAAUGCCAACUCCAUGGAGCUCACGUUAUUCAUGCGUAUGGAAAGAAGCCUCCAGCAGCAGGCAGAGCUUAGUAGAUGGCAAGGGACAUAA